GGAAAUGACCGAAGGAGAGGUAGAAAUAAAUGCCGGUGGAGUAGAGGAGAACGGACACAGAGUUGCACUUCUUGUAGCUGCUGGGCCUCCUGAAACCUAACCACCGGGCAGGAGGAGCCUCGGGGCACUGCCCUCCCAGUGGAGGGCACUUCGGGAAUGCAGCCGCUCCCACCGCCUGUGCCAGGCCCUCUGGCUCUGCUGGAUACCGCAGAGGGCUUCACAAGGAGAAAGAAGAUCUCUCUGUGGUUUGUGGGCGCUCUGCUGCUGGUGUCCACCCUCAUCCUGACCAUUGGCCUUGCUGUUACCACCAGGACAGAGAAUGUGACUGUGGGCGGCUACUACCCAGGGAUUAUUCUGGGCUUUGGGUCCUUCCUGGGGAUCAUUGGUAUUCACCUGGUGGAGAAUAGAAGACAAAUGUUGGUGGCAGCCAUUGUGUUCCUCAGCUUUGGGGUGGUGGCGGCAUUCUGCUGUGCCAUAGUCGACGGCGUGUUCGCAGCACGGCACAUUGAACCAAGGCCUCUCAGUGCAGGAAGAUGCCAGUUUUACUCCAGUGGGACUGGGUACUUGUAUGACGUCUAUCAGACAGAGGUCACCUGCUACUCUUUGAACGGAAGGUGCCAACUGAAGGUGAAGAGCAACACAUGCUACUGCUGCGACCUCUAUGCCUGUGGGAGCACCGAGCCCUCACCUGCCUACUAUGAAUUUGUGGGUGUGCGGAGCUGUCAGGAUGUAGUCCACCUGUACCGGCUGCUCUGGGUAUCCACAGUGCUGAAUGUACUGGGCCUGUGCCUGGGCAUUAUCACAGCUGCUGUCCUAGGGGCCUUCAAGGACAUGGUCCCUCUGUCUCAGCUGGCCUAUGGCCCAUCGCCACCACCUCAGAUCCUCUACAACCCUGCCCAGCAGAUCCUAGCCUACACUGGCCUGUGCCCUCCAUCUAUGAAUGUGCCAACCUGUUCCUCCUAUCCUCUACCACUACAGCCCUCCAGUGCCCCGCCGGCCUCGUCCUCUGCUGACCUCUCUCUGCCUGAGGACACAGAGUCUCCCUCCCAGUGCCACUCCAGCCACGGCCAUCCCCAUAUCCCUUCACGUUGCACACCGGCCUACUUCCUCCCAGGGGAGAAGCCUCCCCCCUACGCACCCUGACGCGGAGGAGGUAGUAGACUAAAAAGCAACAUGGUUUGGGGUUUCCAGAAAUACAACAAAAAUAAUAAAGCCACA